AGCACCUGAGAAACACGCUGCAGGGCGAGCGCCAGGGAAAGUUGCAUUGCAAAGCUGGAAUGAAAAUGCACGGGCUAUUUUUGAAAAUCAACACGCUGGACGUAUUUUACUUGGAUAUUUAAAGCUGAUAUUUUAAUCCGAAGACUGGAGUUUUGGUUUCCUUCCUUUCAAGUGUAUCGUUAACAUGCGAUUUUUAACGGACCGCUGACGCGAACACUUCAUUUCCACACUUGAGAUCUGGGAUACGCGCGUUAAAUGUCAAACAGGACCAGCUGGCACGGUGUUCAAAGUGACUCAGCCCCUCUGGAAUAAACUUUCCUGCAGUCAGUGUGUGUGUGUGUGUGUGUGUUUGACAGCGAGAGAGACAGUUGGAUGUGCGCGCAUGAUGAGCUCGCGGCUGCUGCUGCUGGUGCUCGCGGCGCUCGCGGCGUGCCUGCGGUCCGGUCGCGCGCAGGGGGACCCUUUCCCUCCAUCUCUGGUGGAUUUAGUGAUGAACAGUCCGAUCUCAUCCGUAGAUGAUCUGAAGAGACUUCUGGACGUAGAAUCCGUAGAGGAAGAUGAUGAGAAGCCCGAGGAUGAGAUGCAUUCUAACGGAACACACAGACGUCUUCCCAGAAGCCUUAAUGUUCAGGUGGCCCAUCAGGCGAUGUGUAAGGUGAGAACAGAAGUUAUGGAAGUGACCCGUUCGAUGUUGGACAGACGGAACGCCAACUUCUUGUUAUGGCCUCCGUGUGUGGAAGUGCAGCGCUGUUCGGGCUGCUGCAACACACGUGUUUUACAGUGUGUGCCAGUCACCACAGAAACACGACAUUUACAGAUGACAAAAAUCCAGUUCAUCAACCGACAACCACUCUACGAGAAGGUUGUCAUACCUGUGGAGGACCAUGUGACUUGUAGCUGUCAAUCACGUGUUUCUGCGCAAUCCCCACGGCUUCAGACCACACCCCUUCCUCCGCCUAGACCCCACUCUAAAGUAACAUUACCAAAGGCGCAAUCGAAAGAGGAGCUACACCGCAAUGAUGAACUUAAACAUAAUCAAAGGCUCCAUUUGGAGGAUAGAGAGAGUCAGGAACUACAAUGGCAGUCGAAAUACACAGUCGCUCACACACAAGGGUACCGACAAAGCCCAUACCAACAUACACUCACACACACACCAGUUUAUACAAGCAGAGGAGAUGUUCCCACCAGACAAACCACAUUAGGAGAUCCACACAUGAUGAGUGACACAACACAAACAGAGGAGGCUGAGCCCAUGAAAAUCGAACACAGUGGCGACGACAUGGCGAAAAAGACACAACAGCAUUAUGACAAACAUCCACAAGAGGAUCAACAGACAAAACCAUAUCAAACAACGCCAGAGCAACCAAAAAACAAUCCUUCCCACAAUUCCGUCCAAUCAGAGCACAGCGUGCCACACAGCAGCCAAUUAGAUGGUCUUAGUCGCACUUACAGCCACGUUGAGGUCAUUGGCCAAUCUGGUGGCUUAUCAGAAGUACUAAAUCAUCAAUCUGACCAAUCAGAAGUUAGAAAACAUCAUCACCACCACCACCAAUCAGAAGCAAGUAACCAAAAUAAACAGGAAAAGGAACAGCAGCAAGAGGGAACACAACAUUAUCUCCGUCACCAACACCACCGACACCAUCAGCUUCACCAACAUACAACUCAAGCAGUUAGCCAACAACACACUAGCACACAAAGAACAGUGACAAAUGCCCCUCCCACCACUCCCUCAGCCACACAGACUCCGCCCCCUCUUCAGCCCCCGCGGAAGCGCCGACGGAAACACCGGAGGAGGAUGAGCAAGGCCUCCAUGAGAGCAAUGAUAAUGGUAAUGUCCUGAAGACCAAGACUCUGAACUGCUUCCAAAGUCCCAGGAGCAACCACAAAGCUGGGAGUCUGGGUGGAGACACACACACAGGAUAUAGCAGAGACACACUGGAAAUCUUUUUAUAAUAACUGGAAAUGUCUUUGAUCUUUGCCAAAUAAGCUCCCAUGAACUACAUUUCCCAUCAGACAUUGCAGUUGUAGGAGGCCACCAGUUCUGUGGUCUCUACACUACGGGAGCUGGUCGUACUCAGGAUAUCCUGUGAGAAAGGACUUAAAAGGGAUUCCAUACAGACGCAAACACAGCCUGCCAAAUAGUGAGACUGUAUUUAAAACAACACAAUUGCGGUCUGCCAAAUACACUUCACACUUCGGUCAGCACAACAACUGCCAAAUGUGGUGCAAUAUUGACUUGAACUACUGGUUUGCCAAGAAUCUGGCUCAAAUCAGUGAUUAGCUUCUUGGGGAAAGUAAAAGUAGCCUUCAAAUGCCAAUUAAUGAUGUAGACCCACUGCAGGUCGAGUUGGAAAACAAUUGUGGACUAUUUAUCCACUGGAGGAACUACUGGAAUAGCAACUGGAAGAAGUAAAACUGGAAUAUGUAACUGGAAAGUUGUUAGGACUUGUGAAUUCGGACUCUCAAAGAGCAAAACAACUGGAGAUAUGAAGCUCAGGACUUCCAGAAAAGUAUAAAAUACAAAUAACUAUUACAAAUUCAUCUCAAAAUGUAUAAUCUGUACAUUUUCCAAGCUACUUAAACACUGCAAGUUUAUUAAAUAGCAAAAUAUCAGCUGGCCAGAUAUGAAAUCGAGGAGUAAAAGCACUUACAAAACAGUCUUUUGGACAUUUACCAUGGUGAUAUGAUGGUAUUCGUUGACGUACUUUGGAGUACCAUGUAUAUACCAUGGUAUAUGAAUAUGGUUAUCCAUCUGAUACCAUGGUACCGCCUCAGUACUUUUUUGUAAGGAUCUCUCAGUAUCAUGUACAUUAUUUAAUUGGUGCAAAAACACUGGAAUGACAUACACUGGAGAUUAUCAACUAUGGAGUGCUGAAAGCACUUAAUGUUCGCAUGUUGGUAGAUGCACGGUCAAAUAGUACCUAAUUCAGUAUUUAAAUAAAAUAAAGAAGAUUGUGUUUAGCCGUAAUGAGGUUAGCGUGAAAUACUCCCAUCCUGUAGGGGGCGGUAUGGAGUGCUCUGACAUUUAAUGCCUGCUGUUCCCAAACGUCCGUCUGUGCAUUCAGCUGCUUCUGGAAUCUUGUAAAGCUAUAAAAUAACUGUUUGUAUAUGAUGCAUUUCUUUUCUGGCUUUUUACGUAACUUAUUUAUAAAAGGUAGAUGCACUACCCAUCUGCUUCCAAGAGUAAUUAAUUGUUAUUUGUUUUGAUGAAAAUUAUUGUUAAUGUAAUAAUGCUAUUUUAAUAUAAAUAUAAAAAGUGUUAAAUUUA